AUGUGGAAGCCUCCGGAACACUUGCACAGAUCGUCUAGAUCUGAAUUAGGGCUUCGGACAACAAGGGAUCAUCGCUCUACAACGUUGAAACAGGUGCCGUCAACAAGCACUGCCUUUGAUACCCCUCAGCCCGCCGCUCUUCACCCUCUUACCUCUCCUACUCACUCCAUCAACCUCAGCAACAGUACCAAUGCUGCCAGGUUGCCCAAUUCAACGACUCCGUUGCCGAGAGCCCAUCAAGACGCUCGCAAACAUGGUCUGAUGACCAAUUACUCCAAGGCUACCCCUUCCACUUCCUCAACAGCUCAGCCCCGGUCGACAACGCCCCCUAGACCAAAGCACCAAUCGCGCUACUCAUCAGACAUGAAUGACAAUUGUAUACACUUAGAUGCUGCUCUUAGGAUGUACUUAGAUACGAAUAAUAAUCAUGCCAACAACACUGAGACUACGUCUAACUCAAGCCGACGCUCCCAACAGAGCUCUCAAUGCUGGAGCAUUAGUAACAAACGCUCCCAGCACGAGAACAACAGCCUCACGGUCUCGGAUACGCACAACAUAGUAGUGGUUAACAAAGAUACACUUCGUCGAGCACACAAUAGUAGCAUACAUACAUCUAAGGAAUGGUUCAGAGAGCGCGACGCACCUUUCAGCCCAAGCCAUCGUCGCAAGGAAGCUGUCUCAUCGUCUACAUCAACUCAUGAGGCCCGCACGGCUACGGCGCAGCAUGAACGUGUUGAAAACUAUAUGGACGACCGUCACAAACGUUCAUAUCAACAAUUAAGCUCUAAACAAUCAUUGCUGAAAGAUAUUUACUCACCGUCAACUGAGAGAACGUUGCCGUGCAUCCCACGCGACCCACCGUAUACUGCAGGUGACCCAUCGCACGCCCUAAGCAAUCCGCCGUGCAGCCUGAUCGACCACAACAGUGAGGAUCCAGUCAAUCCUUUGAAUCAUAGCAUCAGCUAUGAUACAAUGCAGGAUAACUACCUGGUCAACAACACGGACAACGGCUGCGAAGCCUCAGGCAGUCAACUAAGCUUUGAACCUGAUACAGAGUCUAAGUACUUACCCGCAACGGUAAGACAGCCAGAGGAAUGGCACACUAAGACUAAGACUCGACGAGGUCAGGCAACGGUUAGCUCCCAAUGCUCGCCAGACCAAGCUAUAUCAUACAACCGCCGCUACGAAUCAGUUGCAGAGAGUUUGGAUUUAAGCAAGUACGCACCAACAGUUGCAGUACAGCUAGACGAAUGGCUGGUACAGCCUAGAACAUGGCAGCACGAGGAGACUACUAGCUCCCGACACUCAACAGAACAGGUUACACCACACGAUAGCCGUAGUUCAUCGGCGACUAGCAGUCCAGAACUAAGGAAGUACUUACCGUAUUUGCCUGAUACCCCCGCGUACGCGAUUACAGAUAAGGAAAUAGCAGACUAUUUGUUUCAGCCUGCUAGUGCCGGACUUAUCUCUGAGACCCGAUUGGACCCGGAAAUUAGCCGAGCCAGAAGAGCACUUUGGCGGUUGGCACGCAACUUAUAUAAUCUACCCAUGCCGACUCAGCAAGACAGUUACACUCCAAACCAAUCAUGUGAAACAUGGGCCGUACAUUUAUUUGAGUUACUAGAUAUAGUUACUACAUUCAGACCAACCUGCCUUAUCACUAAUAAGUUAAUUCCUGCCCAAGACAUACAUUACUGGCCUGAAUACGGCAAACUUCAUAUCGCCUAUAAUAGUCUAGUUGCUAAGAUCAUUCGGCAAUCAAAUGAAUUUAACUUACUACUUCUAACACCAGAAUGGCCGGCAUCCAAAUGCUUGUUUGACGCAUGCGUUCGAAGUAGCAGCUGUUAG